AUGUUGGCCGCUACGCGCAUCUGGAGAAGUGAGAGGCUCGUCCACUCUCGUACUUCUGCCCCGAACGUGCUUCGCUCUACCGUUUCAUUACACUCCAAAUGUGACCAAAACAGGAGCUUUUCCUCAUCACCAUCAUCUUCGAUACCUUCCCAAGACCGAAAUCCGCGUCGUCAUGGUGCUAUCGGACUUCAACGUCCAGUCCCGCUAGUUCGCAACAUCUCCUGGGAAAACAGGUCACGAGCUGCUUUCAGAAGGGCUAUGAAAGGCUUCAAUCAACCCACAGAUGCUAGCAAGUUCGCUAGCAUUGACCAAGUUAAGACUUGGGCGAGUGAUCUUUGUGGCCUUCGACCUGGGGCAAAUAUCGAAGACGUAGAACGAAGCGCUAUCGACCACCUGCUUCGGGGUGAUAAGAAAGCCAACAUCCACAAGGCAACCUUUACCCAUGGCCAUCAUUUUAGCGGCCCACGUGCAAUUGUGAAAACAUCCAAGAACUCUCGCCUCUCAACUGCAUACGAAGAAGAGACUACCUUCAUCGACCCCAUCACAAAUCGACGGGUUUCUAAACCAUCGAAAUUGGGAAGAGCGGCCCGAUAUGAAGAUCUGGCAGGUUAUGAGCCGACUGACUUCGUUGAUCUAACUGCAAAGGCUGAAUCUACUCCUAAGUAUAACGACUUGGAUAAGUACAAGCCCACCAAGGAUGUUGUUACCGAACAGCAAAAUCAACAUGAGUACGAAGAUCUUGAUGAAUACCAACCAGUCGUCGAUGAAAGAUCCACACAAGAUCAAUCUGUCGAGUACGACGAUCUAGACAAGUAUGGACCAGUCAGGCAUAAUGAACCUGAUGGAAAACUACCAAACACAACCGAGGAAGACUCGAAAGAGUAUGACGACCUUCACAAGUACUCUUCCAGCAGCCUCGAUAACCCUUUGUCCCAGCCUCAAUUGACCGCCGAACAACAGUCUAAGCUCUACGACGAUCUUGACCAAUACAAGCCCACGUUCUGGAAUGAGCCUGAUGGCAAGAGGGCACAAUCUGUUGAGGAGCUGUCAAAGAACUACGAUGAUCUUCAGAAGUAUCAGGCUGUUUACUGGAAUGAACCUGACGGCCUACGUGAACGUUCGUCGGAAGAGGUUUCCAAGGAUUACAAAGAUCUCAGCUCAUACGGACCCGUCACAUGGAGCGAACCUAACGGCCUCCGUCGCUUGACGCCCGAGGAGGAGUCCAAGAAAUACGACGACUUGGAGUCGUACGAAGCUCCUUUUGAGGCCAGCCGAUCCAUCUUGAAAGCCCAUGAGAAGGCUCAGAUGGACACUACGAUGCGAGGCAAGCCCCUUGCUCCGAAGGUCGAUGCCCCUGUGGAGGAUCUUGCAAGCAAGUAUGACGACCUUCACAAGUAUGGACCUGUUCGAUGGAACGAACCCGAUGGUCUGCGAAAGCUCACUUCCGAGGAACUGUCCAAGAAUUACGAUGAUCUUCACUUGUAUGGUGCAGUAAGAUGGAACGAGCCCGACGGUCUGAGACCACUCUCCGCAGAAGAGAAGUCUAAGCGCUACAAGGACACCCAUCUUUAUGCUGCUCGCGAUACAUCUUCAUCUUUGCCACGCGUGCAUCCUGAGGAGGCUUCCAAGGUAUACAAGGAUCUCCCAGGAUACCGCGAGUUUGAUAACGCAGAUGAAAGUGAACCACGCAUCCACGCUGAGGAAGCUUCAAAACAGUAUACUGAUUUGAAUGCCUAUGCUGCUUCUGAGAAUGAUGGAUCCAUGACAGAGCCUGUUCAUCCGGCAUUGCCACCAAAGGAGUAUAAGGAUCUGCACAAGUAUCCCUCAGCGGGUUUCGAGGAGACCACUAUGUUCCAGCAUGUCCACCCUGAGGAGUUGACCAAGAACUACACAGACCUUGGUAGUUACAGACCCUCCGGCUUUGCUUCUCAGGCUCAGGCUUACCCUGCUCACCCCGAGGAAGCCCUUAAGGUUUACCAGGACCUACACCAGUAUGCCUCAGUUAGUCAUAACGAAUCCAAGGUACCCGAUGGCCCAAUGUCGGUCCCUCUGGAUGAAGUCGCCCGCGGCCUCCGAGAGUUCGAUUCCAAGGCAGGUUCCCAAGAUCCCCUGGAUACAACGUCAAGUGCUUAUUAUCGAAACCCCAACAGGUCUUUUCCCGACUCUACGGAAACUAGUGUCGAUGACGUCGAUUCUGGAAGUGCCGAGGCAAUCCGAGCUGCGGUCUUACGUAGGGCACAUGAGAAUAGUCAGAGGUUUAAGGGCCAAGAUUUGACUGGCAAUAAUGUUGGCCAAGCCGGGUCACAACAACUAUCGCAGGAACAAAAGCUCACUGGAAAUUACGCUCGAGACUUUCCGGAAGAGUUUGUGGUAUCUUGGAGCAAGCAAAAUUCGUCGUCCAAGUCGGCACUGUACCCCAACAAUCGUGGAGAGAAACCAGAUCCUAUGGAAGAGGCCAUUGAGGAGAACGUCGAGCCUGAAUCCAUGGACGGGAGCUUUCCUAUUGAAGAUGUGAAGCUACAGCCCGCGCUGGAUCGUUAUGCGGGAAAAGUAUUCAAGGAUUGCUACUCGCACAAACCCCAAGGCUUACAGACAAGCUAUUCUGAAGAGUGCGGGCACUCGACAAUGCCUAUAUUGCAGAAUCACUACACACCUACAGAUUGCAAGACAGAGGCAAACACAAAACCACAGGAGCCACACGCAAUCCCAUACAAAAUCCUUGCAUUUGACCCAACUUCAAAGAUGAUGAGCGUGGCACAAGCUACCUCAACUGUCGAUACGAACGGGAGCCCGAUGUCCUUGGCUGAUGCUUUUGUCCAUCUGAAGGAACCUGCCAAAUUUCUCCCUUACUUCAAAUCACUUCAAGAUCAAGGUUAUGAGGUGAUUUCGGGAAGCGGCCAUGUAUUGAUUUUUCGACAAAUUCGUCCAGCCUUGGAGCGAUCUGCUGAUGCCGUAACCAGCGCGAUCGAUGAGAUGGUUAUUCGGGGCGGAACAUUUCCUACCUCUGAUAGUAUCUCAACUGACAAUACAGGCCAAGUAUACAAGCGCCGAGGGAACGGACGCUCAGCGAACGCAAAGGCAGACAACUCAACAAAGAAGAAACACAUUAGCCGUAAACUUCUUGUAGGAACAGUUGGAGUCGCAGGCUCAGCAUAUGCAGUGGCCAUGCUGGCGGAAUACUUGAGCACCAAGGGGCUGGACCCAAAGAACCCCCAGACACGACGAACUUAG